AUGCGUACAAACGCUCAAGAAGACGAACUGACCCGGAAUAUCACAGUUGAAGUGAACAAUGAAAAGUUCAAUCUCGUAUUGGUUGACACCAACUUUAUGCACGAUGAAUUUCAAGACAGUUCGAAAUCCGAUAUUAUUGAAUCCGCAGACGCUUAUGUGGUGGUCUACGCUAUUGACGACAAAUCCACAUUCACCACUGCUCAUUCAAUUGUGAACUAUUUGCUCGGGAAAUGCAAACGCUCCAGUGCGAUCCUGCUGGUUGCCAACAAGUCCGAUUUGGUGCGCACUCGGGCAGUGUCCUCAGACGGUAGCCAAGAUACUGCCAAAACCCUUGCACCAAAGUGCAUGGUUAUGGUCGUAAAAUCUGAAAGUGAAAGUGAAGGAAAAAAUUUGGCCGCCGUCUACUCCUGUCCAUUCUACGAGAUCAGCACAUCUUUGAAUCAUCGUGUGGAUGAGCUGUUGGUGGGAAUCAUCACUGAAAUAGAGGCAAGACAUAUGGAACUGGAAAAAGAGCGUGAUCGUUUGGACAAAAUGGCAACCACAAACAAACGUGGUUCAACUUCACAUCCCGGUCAUCGACGUUCAUUCGUGGUGUCCAAAUCUCCAGCAAACAGCGUUUUCAAGUUUUUCCAAAAACACUUUAGUCGCAAGGAUCAGAAAACCGGUCAAAGUCCGUACUGA